GUCACGGUUCUAGUCUCAUUUCGCAGCCAAACUUAUUAUCCUCGAACUCGUCACAUUAUAUAUUUCAAGUUUACAAAUUGUAGAACAAUCGCGAUUCUAUUUGAUACAAAUGAAAGUUGUGAAAUUCGAAAGAUAUAUAUAUAUAUCGCAACAGUAACUUGAAACGAAAGGAUCAAUGAACUACACUUAUAAUAUCCCCUUUGAUGACGUGAAUUAAUCGCUAUUUAACCAAUUAGAGGACAAUCAAAUUCACGAGGGUUAUCGAAUCAACUGCAAGCAAUUUUAAACGACUUCAAUGUCUGCCAAGCAACACGUAAAUAAAUCGAUCAAUUAAAUCGCCGAGGAACAAUUAAAUCGUUGCAGUUAUUCUUCGUUAAAAGAAUAUUAAAAAUAAUUGAUUUUAUCGAUUGAUUGAUUGAUUGUUUGAUUGAUCGAUCGAUCGAUCGAAAAAGGAACAGAGAGGAAGAAGUUUUUAUUCGAUACGUUAUUUUUUGGUGGUUCAAGUUAAAAUAAGGGAUCAUGGGGAAAAACUCUACAGGACCGAUAAUCAGGAUGUCAUCUUCCGGAACUCACAGAGCCGGAGGUAUCGAAUGUUGCUGCUGCAGAUGUUGCACCUGCAUACACGUUGAGUUUCUCAAAACUUUGCCGGGAAUUAUGAAAGUCUGCGAAACGAUAAUUAGCGGAUUGAUCCAGAGUUUGCUAGUCAAUUAUGGUUUAAGGUAUAGCACGUCUAUUGGGUCUGCUUUUGAGGGAUCUUUGACAACUUCCUCGGCCUGCUUUUUAACAUCCACUGUAUUAUUAGUCUGCUACAUAUUGUCUGAAAAAUCUUACAGACUUAUACGUUCCUCACUUUUCGAAAUAAUGUUCAACGCGUUGGCAAGUUUUUUGUAUCUGAGUUCGGCCUCUUAUCUCGCUUUUUCUACCAAAUUAUUUCUCUUACCGGAAUAUUAUUUAAAACCAGGAUUUGAUGUUUACCCAGCUAUGACAGCAGCUUACAUUAUGAGCGGAGUUGUCGGUGUAUUGCACGGAUUUGAUACUUAUUUGACUUACGUUUAUUAUAAAACGGGAAGAUAGGUUUAAAUAUUCCAAAAUAAUAGGUUUCAAUUGAAUAUUAUAAUAUUAUCGCGUAUAUUAAUGUUGCAUUUAUAAAAUUUUAUCGAUUGGUAAAUUUCUUAACAAAUAAUACGAAAACAGGUGUUCAGGUGUUUACGUAAAAAUCUCUUUCAUAACAAAUAUUUCGUAUAUAAAAGCAACACGUGGAAGAGGUAUUUGACCUGUUUGGCGAUUAUGACAAUCAUUCAUGCAAAAUUUCACAAUUCGAACGAAUUUUCGUGUCAUCGUCUGUCGCGUUGAAGAAUACCGGUUUCGUUGUCGCAGGAAAUUGAUCGUAAAGUGGUACGAACAGUUUAUUUCAGAGCUAUUGAAAGUGAAAUAAAUUGUUUAAGUGCUUGCCUCGUCGUCGUCGUCUCGAAGUGCGAUAGAAGGCAUGCGUGAACACGUUGCAUCUCUGUUUAGUUGCCCAUUUAGACGUUUUCCUUGCUUAUUCGUUGCACAAGGUGAACGCCAAAAUGGUCAAAUUGAAAUUUUGUGCAGACGUGAGAGAAAACGAGAACGAAAACGAGAACGAGAACGAAAAAAUAAUAUGGGAAAGGGUCAAUUGUUGAAAAAAAAAACAAAAGGAUUGAAACGGUAGACGGUCAAGUUCUCCGAGUGAUCUCAUUUGACUUUUUCUUGAGUUCGAUGCAUCAUCGCAAUUAACGAUAAGCGAGUAAUUAAUUAUCACGACGUUUCUAUCUACGUAGAAUACACCUUUUCGGUAUAACGUUUCUUAUUCCGAUAAGAUAAAUUCAUAAUGCGGAACGACACAAUGUGGAAAUAAUUUCUUUAAAAGCUACUUGCACAAUUAGAUUUUUUUUUCUUGUUUUUUUCUCUAAUUGCAUUUGCAAUAAUACUGUGCACCUUUUGUCGAAUGUGUUAUUUAAAGUAAUACAAGAAUUGAGACAUUUGUU